AUGGACAGCAGAUCAACCAAACCGACCCCGGCCAAACGCGCCUCAUGUGAUCGCUGUCGUUUUCAGAAAAUCAGAUGCCCACGACUGGAUUCGGACGAUUUGAGCGAUUGUGCUAGAUGCCGAUAUCUGGGGAUACAAUGUGUCUACAGCGCGCCAUUGCCAAAGGGACGGCCAAGCGGAAGCAGGAAGUCCACCAGCAAGAGCUAUACAACGCCAAAGGAGAUACCUCUUCUGCCUCAGCCCUCGCAAGCUAGCCCGGAACCAAUAGAGAACCAGGAAACCGAAGACGAGCUCGAAACGAUAGACGAACUCCGAUCAGCACUGGGGUCUCCAGAUUUUAGCUCUCAGUCAGGGACCUGGUUCCAGACGGAUCCAUGGUCCUUGGUAGGGACUGCAGCGGACAGGGGAUCCUUUGCUGAUCUUGCCAUGGAAACAUACACCUCAAACGCCUCAGCCGCCAAGCUAUCCCACGAUGACAUUUUCACAACUUCAAUGCAGCAGCUUGCAGCGCUGAGCUGCAGCCUCUACACGCUACAUACCACGUGUCGCCACGAGACAGCCAGGUUGGAGCUCCAACCCCAGCUCGUCUCUCAUACUCACGCCUUCAAUUCCUUGGCGAAUUUGCUAGGAGCCCUACCGAGCCUUGACGGGUACGAGAUAUACACGGAAGCCUGUCUCGUAUCAAAGAGCUUACUCCAAGUAAUGUAUCGGCUUCGGCUCUUCGACUCUCCGAAUGAUGAGAGCUUACCGGCUGCUCUGCGACAUCUUCUCUCUGCGUGUUAUGUCCAGCUCCUCCAUGUGCAUACAAUUCUUGUCAGGCUUAUGUCAUAUGAGGCGUCCCACUCACCAGAUUUUCAUCAAGGCGACCCCUUCUCCGUCGCUCGGCUUCGCCUGGUGGUAAUUUACAACCUUGUCAAGCAUCUGCUGGACCAUGUGCGGCGCGGCUAUGGUGCAAUAGGUCUGGCCAUGGCGCGGUCGGUCUCUCAGGCAACUCCCUAUGCAGGAUCUCACGAAAUAGGUCAGCUUGAACACAAGUUAUGGAACGAUCUCCAGCAGUUGGAAAUAUGGCUUUCUCCAAAGCUACAGACCCCUUCGGUUCAUUAUUCUGCUGAGUAG